AUGCGGCCAAUCAAAGACCCCGCCAAUCCUUCCCAACACUGCCUCUCUUUCCAUCCUCGUCGUCGUCCUCCUCGCUCCUCCUGCCUCGGCGCAUCGCGGCAGGCAGAGCACAGCGCCCUCCCCUACCCCUCUGCUCCGUUCCCAGAUCGCAACUCCAUGUAAGCAAAAAAUAUCAGCCUUUCGCAUCGGAUUGAGCACUGUAUCUGCGCAACAAAGAUAGUUUGGUUGAGCUAGACAAAAGGAGGGAUUAUUUUUAGAGUUUAAAAGAGGGUAGUACUUGUGCUGAGAUUGUCAGAGAAAGGCAAGAAGCUUUAACAGCGGCAAUGCUUUGGUCCAUGGACCCGCAGGUGACCGUCCAUGGCGACUGGGUGUCGGCCGUGGCGCCGCUGAUGAAGCUGCUGUGCCUGACGGUCAUCGGCCUGCUCCUCGCCAACCCGAGGGUCCAGAUCGUACCCAGGGCCACCUUCAAGCUCCUGAGCAAGCUCGUCUUCGCGCUCUUCCUCCCCUGCCUGAUCUUCGUCCACCUCGGCAAGUCGGUCGCCAUAGACAGCGUCCUGCACUGGUGGUUCAUCCCUGUCAACGUGCUCAUCAGCACCGCCAUCGGGUGCUUUCUUGGGUACAUAGUGGCGCUGAUCUGCCGCCCGCCGCCGCACUUGUUCCGGUUCACGGUGAUCAUGACCGGGUUCGGCAACACCGGGAACCUCCCCAUUGCAAUCAUCGGGUCGGUCUGCCAUACUUCGGAUCAUCCCUUUGGACCUGGAUGCGACACCAAGGGUAUCGCUUAUGUCUCGUUCGCGCAGUGGGUUGCUGUUAUUCUUGUCUACACUUUGGUCUACCACAUGAUGGAGCCACCGAUGCAGUUUUAUGACAUUGUUGGGGAGGGGAAUGAGAUACAGGAAGAGCCUGAACAGAUCAGCAACUUCAGUAGGCCUCUGCUUCAUGAAGCGGAAUGGCCAGGGAUGGUCGAUAAAGAAACUGAGCACUCAAAGACGCCAUUCAUUGCGAGAGUUUUCAUGAGCAUUUCAGGUUCCUCACAGAAUACAUUUCCUGAUAUUGAUUUUACUGAAGAGGGAACAUCCGGUGCUGGUCCUAGCAGUCCUAAGUCACUUAGAUGUUUGGCAGAGCCAAAAGUGGUUAGGAGGAUGAGGGUUGUAGCUGAAAAAACUCCAGUUCAGCACGUCCUUCAGCCUCCGACCAUUGCCUCUUUACUUGCCAUUAUCAUUGGCAUGGUUCCUAUCUUCAAAGGUUUCGUCUUUGGGGCUGAUGCACCACUCUCAUUCUUCACUGAUAGUUUGGAAAUCCUAGCUGCUGCUGUGGUUCCCUCGGUGAUGUUAAUUCUAGGAGGCAUGCUUGCGGAAGGCCCAAAGGAUAAUGCCUUGGGUAUGAGGACUAUCAUUGGUAUAAUUGUGGCAAGGCUACUGGUGCUCCCAUGCAUUGGCAUUGGUGUUGUGACGCUAGCAGACAGGCUGAAUCUACUUGUCGAGCAAGACCAUAUGUACCGCUUUGUGCUUUCACUCCAGUACUCCACGCCAAGCGCUAUCCUGCUUGGAGCAAUUGCCAGUCUGAGAGGCUAUGGCGUUAAGGAAGCAUCGGCCCUUCUAUUCUGGCAGCAUAUUUGUGCCGUGUUCUCUCUUUCCAUCUACCUGAUUGUAUAUUUCAAGUUGAUGUCUUUUAUUUGAAAACAAUGGCCAUCCAUCCUAAUCAGAUAUAUAACAAUCAUCUUGGGGCUGUGAUGGCUAGUAAAAUAAGGUCCUAGAAGAAUGGAUUUUCAACGACUUUUCCUAUGAGUUACAUGUGCUUAUAAUUUGGUGUUUUGUAUUCCUGUUACAUGUGUUAUUUGAGAACAGGUAAUACGUUUAUUGUGUUCCAUUCUAGACGAUAUAUUGAUGUGCAUUUCUUGGUCA